AUGCAAUCAAACUUCGAGACAUCAAAGAAAAUGAAAUUAUUAAAGACCCACUAUAAAACCAGUUUCGACCAGUACCACGAUAAAGUUUCUCACGACCGGUACCACUUUGAAACCGACUUCAAUCGGUUUGUAAAGAUACACAAAAUUCUCGAAAAGAAGUCUACCAGGCGUCCUCUGUGGUUCCAUUAUAGAUGGGAAAACACUUUCAAAAUGCGUCGAAAUCUCAAAGAAAUCAACUCAGUUUACAAUGAUAAAGAAUUGAACAUAAGCGCUGACCUCAGAGACAUGCCGUCUUCCAUUGUUCGUUUUUUCUCAGACCAUGAUUUGAAUCUCAAAAUCACUUGCCUCUCAUUGUGGAAUUGUGAACCUAUACCUUUGAAUGAAUUCCCGAAAUUGGAAACUUUUUAUGGCGGUAAUUGCGAAAUAAUCGUCGACCAUACCCACCCCAGCUUGAAAACCAUGGUUCUCCAAAAUGUGCCUUUCAGCACAUUACCAGUUGAUUUGGAAAGGUUGGUAGCAAGAAAUUGCCACAUAAGUAUGGAGGAGAACCAUCCGCAACUAGAAGGUCUACGGGUUUUGGAUUUACAGAAUACCCUGGUGGUCGCUCAUUUCUACUCCAAAAACUCUGGAACAAAGACUUGGAAACUUUUUCGUAUACUGAAGGUAUCGAUUAUAAGAAUGGAGACAGACGUUUGGUUGAAGUUAUAA